AUGGAGACUACAGACUUGACACCGUUAAUAGAGCAGCUGGAGGACAAUAUCGAUGAUCUUGAGGAUGUCCUCGAGCCUCUCCUGGGCCAGCCUCUGUCUGCAACUACGCAGAAAAUGCCCGUGAUGGACAAGGCAAAGCUUCAUGUUCUGAUCACCUAUGCUAUUGAAUCCUUGAUUUUCUCUUAUUUGCGCCUCCAGGGCGUAAAUGCGAAAGAACACCCAGUGUUUAAAGAAUUGACCCGAGUUAAGCAGUACUUCGAGAAGCUCAAAACUGUAGAGACCGUUCCUGAGAAACGGACUACGGCUGUCGACAAGGAAGCCGCUGGACGAUUUAUAAAACAUGGACUGACUGGAAACGACAAAUAUGAUCUGGAGCGGGCAGAAAGAGAGGCAAAGGAAAAAGCCAUGGCACUAUUGAAAGCUGCGAAGCUUGCUCGUCAACAAGCAUCUAAAUCCCAGCCCCAAUCCCAAACUCAAAGCAUAACUUCUAAGGAGCAACAAGCCCCGACGGAAGUUGAUUCUGAAUUGGGGAAUACAGGAAGCAAAGGUGGUCAGCAUCUAAAAGUGAUGCCGUCCUUGGGUCGUUCGCCGAAGGGUAAAAAGGACAAAGGAAAGAAGAAAGUUCAGUCGCAGAAGCCUCAGGCGCAGAAGGCUCAAACGCAGAAAGCUCAGGCGCGGAAGGAGCAAAGGCAAGCGAGAAGGAAGCAUAAACAAGCUGUCAGGAAAGCUAACAACCAAAGUAAUGGUUGA